CACCAAGGCAUUAUAUGAGGAACAACAAAUAGUAUAUAAAUCCUUCUUAUUUGAUGCGGAGAAGCUGGCAGCCUUAAAAAGAAUGGCAACAAAAGAUGAUCAGGUAACGAGCAGAUGCAGCAGCUUCGUAGCACUUGCAGCUUUUGUGUGGCGGGCUCGAAGCGUGGCCCUCAACAUGAAACUUCACCAACAAACAAAGCUUCUUUUUCCGGUUAACUUCAGAUCUAGGCUAAGAACACCAUUGCCUGACGGAUACUUUGGGAAUGCCGUGGCUAUGCCUUGCUGUCUCUGCACCAAGGGAGAGUUGAUUGAGGAGCCAAUCUCGGCUUCUGCGGAAAGAAUAAAGAAGGCGAUCGAGGGUGUGACUGAAGACUCCAUACGAUCAAAGAUUGACUUUCUGGACAUGCAUCGAUUUGAGGGAUUCCCUACAGGCACACUAGUCAUAAAUUCAUGGACGAGUCUCGAGCAUGGCAAUACGGACUUUGGGUGGGGAGAGCCGAGGUUCGGGACCGGUGACGUAUCAAGCUUAACCUGUUUGUUUAUGACAGAAGGGAGAGAGAAGGGCAUUGCGGUGGUGUUGGGGUUGCCGUUUUCAGCCAUGGAUACCUUCAAUAAGCUCGUUUGUGAUUUGAAUGGAGCUUAGUACUAAAAUCGGCAUUCAAAACCGGUUUACGAAGUGUUACCAACUGUCUCGAAUGGAAUCUAUCACAUCUCUUUUAAUAAAUAAUUUUCAAGAGUUUAGUCUUUAAGACGU